CAAUACGGGGGGAAUUACAAUUUGAGGAAAGAAGUUGUAUCUUUUGUACUCUUCGAUCCUACACGGAGUUUGUUAUCAGUAAAUACAUGAUGCGCAUUUGUUUCAAUUUUGUGUUUUGUUAACGAAGGUUCUUGCGGAAGUCCUAAUGGGAGUGUGUGUCAGAAGAGGCUGACAGUGACUCAAGACAGGUCGUGGGAUGUGCUAGAAGUAAAAGUGUGCAAAGAGGACCUAUUACCAGACACUGCCCGCCCGACACCACGCCCGGGCUGCUGCUCACCCGUCCUGCACGAACAAUUCAAGAUGAGGGCAAUCAUAGACAAUAUUGAAUGUCAGAGAGACUCUCCUAGGUUUAGACAAGUCUUAGAAGAAAAUGAGAAAGACUUGGAUAUUUUAGAAAGCAAAUUGGAAAAGGUAGUGAAACAAUGCAAUCAGAUGGUGGCUGCAGGAAAGCAGUUCAAUCAAGAACAAGAGCAGUUGAUUCAUACCCUGUGGGACUGUGCUGGAUAUUUUAGUGAUGACUCAAGUGUGCAGGCAGCACUGAACCGCAUGUUGUCUGCUCUCAGGGAAGCUGCCAAAUACCAUGUCAUACUUGUUGAUCAGGCUGCCAGGGCAGUCACCAAAAACCUUUCAAGCUUCAUUAAAAAUGAGCUACACAAAGUGAAGGAUCUGAGGCACUACUUUGAGAAGGUCAGUGGAGACAUGGACAGUGUGUUGCAUCGUGCAUCGAGUGUGUCCCGCACUCGCACACAGGAUGUAAAUGACAUAAACAAUCUGGUCAUUGCCACAAGGAGGGCCUUCCGUCACACUGCUGUUGACUAUGUGCAUGCCAUGUCUAUUGCCCAAGGCAAGAAGCGGCAUGAAGUGGUUGGUGCUUUGCUAUCCUACUUGAAGGCCUACAGUACCUUCUACCAUCAAGGAACUGAUCUGUGUGAUGACCUGAAACCUUCCCUGGAAAAGAUCAGUGAAGAGGUAAACUUAAUGAGACAAGAAGUGAGUGAUUUGGACAAGAACAUGGAAAACCGGCACACUGAUGUCACAGACAAGGACUUGGUGUUGUCUGUGGAUCAGCUAGACAACUCUCAGCCUGUCACUAUGUAUGGAUAUCUCUUCAAGCGAACCACUAAUGCUUUCAAAUCCUGGAAUCGUAGGUACUUCACACUGCAAAAUAACCAGCUUGUUUACCGAAAGCGGUCAGGUGUUCGAAAAUCUGUCAGGAACUCAGGAGGAAGUAAUCUGCUCAAUAGUGGUUUGACAAGAUCAAAUGAAGGGGAGGAAGUGACUGUAAUGGAAGAAGAUCUUCGCCUGUGUACUGUUAAAGCAGCAGUUGAUGUGGAUCGCAGGUUUUGUUUUGAAGUUGUGUCACCAUUUAAAUGUCACAUGCUUCAGGCUGAGAGUGAAGAAAGCUACAACUCAUGGAUAAGCGCUUUGCAGCGGGGUAUUGGUCAAGCCUUGCAGUUAAGUUCCCAUGAGAAUAGCUUCACCUUUGGGAAUGACGCCCCAUCUCCUUCUCCUAACCCACCGAAGGGACUAGGGGCAACCACUACACCAGGGGACUCAAACAACUCCUCUCCUGCCACUACACCUCAGGCAUCUACAGCACAUAAGGCUCACUUGUGGCAAGAGUUGAUGAGCAUCCCAGGAAAUGACCUCUGUUGUGAUUGUGGUGCAAGUAAUCCAAGAUGGGCUUCAAUAAAUUUAGGAGUCACACUUUGUAUUGAAUGUUCUGGGAUUCACCGAAGCCUAGGAGUGCAUUAUUCCAAGGUACGAUCACUAACACUGGAUGCUUGGGAGCCAGAGAUGGUGAAGUUGAUGCAUGACCUUGGAAACUCUGUCAUCAACAGGAUCUACUUGGCCACAUACGUACCAGGAGAAAGCUCAGGGCCUCCUGCAGCUAAACCUGACAGUCAAAGAUCAGUUAGAGAGGAUUGGAUCAAAGUAAAAUAUGUUGAGCGACGAUAUGUGAAGCCUUUGCCUACAGCAUCAGAACUUGAAAACAAUUCACACCAACAAAGGACGUGGGGCAUUCCCCGCAGGCCACGGCAUUCAAGGGCGCCAAGAGUGUCAAAAUCAAGCAGUGGCAGUCUAGAUGCAUCUCUCAGCAGUGUUGGGGAUACCCAUGACCAAGAAGAAUCUCACUCUGAAAUAACAAAUAUGUCCCCUGAAGCUGGUACUCCUCUGGCAGAUGUAUUACUGCUGGACAUUGAUAUUCAGUCUCCUACUAGAGAUGCACAAGAGAUCUUAGAGACAAGUGAUGACUACUCCACUGACGACAGGAAUCCUAGUUAUGUUAAGGAAGAAUCACUGUCAAGCUUAUACCCAGAUAUGGUGUUAUAUCGGGCAAGUGAAGCUGACAACCUGGGUAUGAUAAGCUACAGCCUUGCACUGGAAGCUAACAAGAACUGGCACAAUCCAGAUGAUAAUGGACAAACUCCACUCCAUCAGGCAGUGGCUAGUUGUUCAGUAAGGUCAGUUCAGCACCUUCUGAUUAAUGGAGCAAAAGUCAAUGAACAAGAUUACAGUGGUCGCACACCUUUACACCUUGCUGCUUUGAAGUCCAACAUUGGUCAGGUGUGCCUGUUUCUGAAACAUAGGGUGGACUUGAACAUAAAAGAUAAUGAUGGCCAGAAAGCUAUUGAUCUUGCUGUUCAAAGCAAUGAACCAGAUGUAGUAACACUCCUGAGGGUGGCCAGCCUGAGUGAGGACAUUGACCGUGAUGGAGGUGGUGAAGACAACAACAUGCUUACAGACUUCUUGAGGGACUUUCAGGAAAAGAUGGUAAAACAAGUCCACAACAGGUCCCUGCAAAAAGAUGGUGAAAUACCUUAGUAAAUCAAUAUUAUGCAUACAGUAACUGAUACUUAUAUGCUCCUCUGGAUAGAUAUAUCAAAGCAAGUGUCAAUUAUUGUCAGCUUCACUGACAUACAAAUUUUUAUUACUUGCAUACAAGUUCAAAAUAUCAUUAUUUGACAUGAUGGUUGUAAGAUUGUGCACAACUCUGAAUGUAAAAGACUUUCCUUUGUUGAAGAUUAAACUCAAGUCUGCUUUA